AAAUAAUCUCCACUUAAAACCACUACGUGACAUCCUUUCUUUCAUGCUUUGCAGGAAUACACUUUCAGGCCGAUUCUCUACCAUGAUUAGGAUCCUUAACAAACGCUUCAGGCGCUUCUGCUCUCGUCUCCGGUGGCCGAUUCGCAGGUCCAAGUCCAAAAUUCUCAUCAGGAGAUUUGGAAAAACAAAAUCCAAGACACAGAAUGAGUCUAUUAGUGGGUUUGCCGUUGUUCAUCCAAAUGCCCUAUUCGCUGAAGUGAGGCCUAUAAAAGUAGCAACUUUUAACGCUGCCCUGUUUUUCAUGGCCCCUGCUGUGCCUAAAGCACUGGAUUCUUCCACUUUUGACUUUGAAAAUGAACAUCAUCAAAUGGUUACGAGGUCUGCAAACGGUAUUUUCCGUACCAAGUCCUCAAAUGAUCGGCCAAAGAGCAUUCUAAAGCAAUCUCCCCUGCAUCCCAACACCACGAACAGGGAUGAAAAUCUUUCCAGGCAGGACAAGUUUGCUAAAUCAAAAUUAAGGGUAUCCAUCAAUUUGCCAGAUAAUGAGAUUUCUUUACUGAGAAAUAGACAAUUGGGAUUUGUGGAGGAGAAGGAAACUACUAUAGGCAGCAGUUUGAGUAGAAUUCUGAGAGGGAAGGCCCCAAUGAGAUCACAGAGUGCGAUUUCUGCAAGAAAUGUGGGGAACCGGGUGGACGGAGACAGCUAUAGAAGCACAAGAACAGUGGUUGAAGUGUUGGAAGAGUUGGAUGCUGAUAUAUUGGCUCUGCAAGAUGUGAAAGCAGAGGAGGAGAAAUCAAUGAAGCCUCUUUCAGAUUUGGCUGCUGCUUUGGGAAUGAAUUACGUAUUUGCUGAGAGCUGGGCUCCUGAGUAUGGAAAUGCAAUCUUGUCCAAGUGGCCGAUUAAGAGUUGGAAAGUCCAGAAGAUCUUUGACGAUACUGAUUUCAGAAAUGUUCUAAAGGCCACAAUCGAUGUUCCUGAGAAUGGGGAGGUGAACUUCUACUGCACACAUCUGGAUCACCUGGAUGAAAACUGGCGGAUGAAGCAAAUAAAUGCCAUAAUACAGAGUAAUGAUGGUCCCCAUAUCUUAGCUGGAGGCCUGAAUUCCCUGGAUCAAACGGAUUACUCCUCAGAGAGGUGGAUGGAUAUUGUCAAGUACUACGAGGAGAUGGGGAAGCCAACACCGAAGGUUGAGGUGAUGAGAUUUUUGAAGAGUAAGCAUUACACAGAUGCUAAGGAUUUUGCAGGAGAGUACGAGCCAGUGGUGAUGAUAGCUAAAGGGCAAAAUGUUCAAGGGACGUGCAAGUAUGGAACUCGAGUAGAUUACAUAUUGGCUUCCUCAACUUCACCAUACAAAUUUAUUCCAGGGUCUUACUCAGUGUUGUCUUCUAAAGGAACUUCAGACCAUCACAUUGUUAAAGUUGAUAUGAUAAAACUCAGAAGUGACCAAGAAAAUUUCACUAGAAAGAGACGCCAACCUAAACACAAAGUUGUAAAGAUAACAAAUUCUUCACCUUCUAAAGGUAUAUGGAAAGCACAAACAUUAGAUUGAUAGAUUUUGAUCCUUUGUUUUAUUCCAAAUAAUAUUUCUUUUAGUCUUGUUUUGGUUUCUUCCAUGGGAGAGAAAGAAACCAAAGGCUUUGCUUUGUAAAUCAUCACUGCACUCUGCUUAA